AUGCAUUACUAUGAUAUCGAUUUCGAUAAAACAGAUUGUUUAGGAUUUCUCUCAGACCAAAGUGAUUGGUUUUGUCACAGAUUUCGUCGAUCCGAAACCGAUCCUGAGAAAGAAAUUCAUAUCGAUAGAAAAUGCGUCGAUUUUCCAUUUCUUCGAUCAUUUACAACGCGUGAAAAAAUCAUCCAUCAAAUUAAGAGAAACAUAAUUGCAUUGCGUCAAAAACAUUUCCUUUUGGAGAAACGAUGCUCAUCAAUUACGAAUUUUAAUGAAUCGAAGAAAUGUCACGAGAUUAUCGUUAUUUACAAUGUUCAUUGUUUAACAGAUGAAAACAUCACAUAUGAUUGA